AUGUGCAUGAACUCACCAUUUUGUGCAGCUGUGAAAUCUUCGCCCGUCACUUGGGCAAAGAAACAGAAUUGCGACACAUAUUCUGCCCACCAUGUCCGCCAAACGCACGGCCCAAACGCCCAAGCGGGUAUCGUUUUCCCUGCCGGGCCAGAGCCCGUGGGCAUCACAGCUACCUUCUACGCCAACUCCGCAACGUGUCUUGCCGAACUCAUACACUGGAUUGCAUACUCCGAACACAUCAACCCCAAGUCCGAAAGCUCGCUUCCAGACUCCAGCCGCCGUCACACCGACUCCAAACCGUCAUCUACAAACUCCGAACGCAUCCUCUCCGACUCCAAACGCUCGUCUCCAGACUCCGAACACACCAACUCCAACUUCAAACACCGCCUCACCAACUACAAAUCGUUACUUGCAAACCCCGAAAAGCUCUUCCCUACCUCCAAAAAUCUCAUCUCUAAGCUCUCGCCAAAUUGGUAUUUUAAUGAGCAAGACACAACGCUAAUCCGCGCCGGAUACGAACCUCAGUGGACUCCUGAUCCACCUGACACGACAUCGACCUCAACUGAAAAGGGCAGGAAAGCUCCCGCAACUAAAGUCGCAAACAAGCCCACCAUGGCUGAACCACGUGCACGUAUGGCCCGACACAAGGGCCAAAUGAACUUCCAGAAUGAGCUCCGCCUGCUCCUUCUCGCCUACGGCGAUCCCAGCCCGCACCCAAGCUUCUCAAACGAACCACUUCCCGAGACAGUCCGCGUGCUGGACGAAAUUGUCACAGACUUCGUGCUGGAACUCAGCCACGGCGCCGCACAAGUCGCACACCAUGCCCGCCGCCAGAAAAUCAAAGUCGAGGAUUUCCGCUUCGCAUUGCGUCGCGACCCUAACAAGCUUGGUCGUGUCCAGGAGCUGCUACGUAUGGAACGUGAAUUGAAGGAAGCCCGUAAGGCAUUUGACCAGAAUGAUGAUCAAGUUGCUAAGGAAGCUGGGAAGAAGGGUGCUGCCGCUGCGGCGGCGGCUGCUGCUGCUGGUGAGGAUCCUCUGGCUGCUGAAGCUGCUGCCGCUGCUACUGUUACCAAGAAGAGCAAAGGCAAGGGUAAGAGAGGUGCUGCGACCCGCCGUGGCUCUGAUGCUACCGAGGAGUCGGUUUCGAAGAAGCGCAAGACGAUUGGCUGA